GGUUUCGUCAGCUGUUGGAAAUACAGUGCCUUGUUUAACCAUUUCCCGUUUAUCUCUAUAUUCGCCAGACGCACAUUAUUGAAACCUGUUUGUAAUAACGUGGGGCCGAGGCUAUGGAUUUCGCUAGCCUGAACAAAGAAGCUGUAGUAUGGGCAAAUUCGACCUCGUUUGAGCUGGUGUUAGCCGAUGAAAGUGAAAGACGACUUGUGUUUACAUCCGGUGAAGUCUCCUUCUUUGUCGUGUGUCCGGAUCAUAGCAAAGAUAAUUUUCAUGUUUGGAGUGACAGUGAGGUCUGUCUAACAUAUUUAACAGAAGUCCAAGACUUUAUUACGUCAUGUAAACAAAAAACUUUAAGUGAAGUUCUUGAAAAAACAGCAAAAUCGCUCAGGCCUGUAAUGGGACUAUCAGGAGACAGUGAUGAGAGCAUGGAAGAUGACGAGGAUAUGGAUGAUGAUGAUGUAGAUGCGUAUGAUGACGAUUAUUAUGAAAUGGACGAUGAAGAUGCUGCAGGUGAUACAUCGAUAAAUUGUCAUCAAGAAAGUCAGAAUGACAUUGGUGCCACAGCUGAUGAUUUUUUUACUGGUGAUGGAAGCCCAGUAGCUAUACACAGAAUAUUGGCAG